CCUAUUGUGAUGUGGGCUUCUGCUCUGUAGCAACAGUGACAACCCUGGCAUUGUCUCCUGGCAGAUGCCAAGAAGUAGAAACCAGGGAUCAGGAGGAAGAGUGGGUGUGUGGCGCUUUUGAGACCCUGGAAAAGUGAGGGAACCAACCUCAGCCACCUUCAGGAUCCUGGCGAGAAUGGUCAAGGGCAGACACUUCAAACCCUCUUCAGACAAGGAUGGAAGUUGGUUCCCUCAUAUUGGACUUACACAAAAGACACCAGAAUCCCUCAUGAGUUCUGUGUUAAAAGAGUCUUAUUGUCCAAAGUUGAUUCAGCAAACAGAGAAGAAGCUGCCACCAAUAUUCAAAGUCCGGGAGAAGCAAGCAGUAAGUAACAACUUCCCCUUCUCUGUGCAUGACAAUCGCCACACUUUGGAAAACUCUGGAUGCUAUCUUGACUCUGGCCUGGGGCGUAAGAAGAUCUCCCCAGAAAAAGGACAGCAUGUUUCUAGAAAUUUCAAUCUUUGGGCAUGCGACUUCAUUCCGUCUUAUCUCGAUGGCCUUUCAAGUAACCAAAUAGACUAUGUCUACAAGGAGGCCACAAUAGCACCAAACUUGAGACAUUUUCCAAAAUCUUAUAACCAGGUAUGGGACAACUUCAGACCUGCUGCUCAAAGCUAUAUGAAGCCAGAGUAAGGUUCCCUACUGACGAAAAGUUCUGUAUCUCCUCAGAACUUUUGAUCCUCCUGGGAGAAUCUUGAUGUUUUACAGUAUUACCAUUUCCUCUGACAUUCUAAAAGUAUGUA